GAGCGGCGGCAGCGGCGGGAGCCAUGGCCGAGACCAUCCUGGUGACGGGCGGCGCCGGCUACAUCGGCAGCCACUGCGUGCUGGAGCUGCUGCAGGCGGGCUACGAGCCCGUGGUCAUCGACAACUUCCACAACGCCAUCCGAGGCUCCGAGGAGCUCCCCGAGAGCCUCCGGCGGGUGCAGGAGAUCGCGCACCGGCCCGUGCUCUUCCAGGAGCUCGACAUCACGGACCGGGCGGCGCUGCAGGAGCUCUUCAGGAAGCACCGCUUCUCGGCCGUGAUGCACUUUGCGGGGCUCAAGGCAGUGGGGGAGUCGGUGCAGAAGCCUCUGGAAUAUUACAGAGUGAACCUCACCGGGACCAUCGGGCUGCUGGAGACCAUGAAGGCCCACGGCGUGAGGAACAUCGUGUUCAGCAGCUCUGCCACCGUCUACGGGGAUCCCAAGUACCUCCCCCUGGAUGAGAAUCACCCGGUGGGGGGCUGCACCAACCCCUACGGCAAAUCCAAGUUCUUCAUCGAGGAGAUGAUCCGGGAUCUCUGCAGAGCAGAGAAGGACUGGAACGCCGUCCUCCUGCGCUACUUCAACCCCAUCGGCGCCCACGAGUCGGGGAUGAUCGGGGAGGACCCUCAGGGCAUCCCCAACAACCUCAUGCCCUACGUGGCUCAGGUGGCAGUGGGACGCCGGGAAUUCCUGAGCGUCUUUGGGAACGACUACAAGACCGACGAUGGAACAGGAGUCAGGGAUUACAUCCACGUCGUGGAUCUGGCCAAGGGCCACAUCGCUGCUCUGAAGAAGCUCAAGGAGAACUGUGGCUGCAAGAUCUACAACCUGGGCACAGGCACCGGCUACUCCGUGCUGCAGAUGGUCCGGGCCAUGGAGAAAGCCUCGGGGCGGGAGAUCAAGUACCGCAUCACGGCGCGGCGCGAGGGGGACGUGGCCUCGUGCUACGCUGACCCCGCGCUGGCCGAGCGGGAGCUGGGCUGGAAAGCUGCCUUUGGCCUGGACAAGAUGUGUGAGGACCUGUGGCGGUGGCAGCUGCAGAACCCCACGGGCUUCAGCAAGAACUGAGCUGUGACCGAGGGCUGGCUGAGCCCAGGAUGCUGUGAGCCAGCCCUGCCUCCUUCCCGAGGGCUGUCACUGUCCUGGGAGGGCAUUUCCAGCUCCCCUCCUGCCUCUGGCACGGGGCAGGAAGGCUGGAGCAUCCUCAGCCUCCCCCCUCCUCAUCCUCAUCCCCCAGGUCUUUGCAUCUCACAGAGCAGAACCACAACGAACACAGAACAGAGCCGGGGCCUGGAACCCCCAUGGGAACCCCCAGGGGCUGCAGCCAGCCCGGGCUGGGAGCUCCUGGGCCCUCCCUGUGCCCUGGACAUGCAGCCCUGGGGCAGCAGAGUCCUGCUGAGCCCAAACCAUUCCCUCCUGCCCCACCUGGCCCAGGGGGAGCCCAAGGCCCCUGUGCCCCUGCCCUGGCACAGACAAGGCACCAGGAACCUCCCACAGGGACCACUCACAUUCCAAGGCUUCCUCCACUCCCCCUUUUCCCCCAGCAUGGUUUUGGGGACCAAAUCUCAUCUCCCCCCUCUCCUGCUGAGCUGGAGAAGCCCCUGCCCAGGGCUGUGCCAGCCUGGCUGCCCGCAGCCCCCUGGGUGCCCGCUCCGGGCUCCUGUGGCAGCCACUGCCCACAGCCCAAGGCUGCCAAAGGCUGCCAAGAGCCAGCCCUGCCCUCCUGUCCCACACUGCUCCUGUUUAUUCCUGGCAGCUCCCAGGGCAGGGAUGACGCAGCCGGCCCCGUGUGCUGGCGGCUGGAUGAAUAACUUAUGAAUUGAGCUUUUGAUUUGUUUUUAAAAUAAACUUUCCUACUUUCUAA